UCUUACAUCUACUCAACGCACUUCAACAGCGAGCUCGGAUUCAGGUUAUUAAUUGGUUAAAUAUAUUUUCAUCGACAAAACGUGGCAAACAAGCAGGAGUAACUCCAGAUGAAACUACGGAUCGUUUCUGUCUAGUACAUCUUUUUGCAAUUCAAACAUACUGUUAUAACAAUGGAGUUUAUUAAAGAGGAAAGUGAAGACAUGAGUUAUUCAGAGCCAUGCAGAGUGAAAGAUGAAGAUACUGAGGAACUGAGAGAUUUGAUGAAGGUGAAAGAAGAAAACGAAAAACUGAAUGACUUUGACGAGAAGCACCACGACUAUCAGAAUUCCUCCGAUUUCAAUUCUGAAGAAAAACCUUUUAGUUGCUCACAGAGCGAUGAACAUUUGAAUCAAGAGCCUUCAUUCACCUGCCCUGAAUGUGGAAGGAGUUUCACUCAAAAACAACAUCUGACCAGACACAUGAGAGCUCACACUGCAGAGAAGCCGUUCACAUGUGUGGAGUGUGGAAAGAGUUUCACACACCACGAAAAGCUAAAUACGCACAUGAGAAUCCACACCGGAGAGAAGCCGUUCACGUGUCCUCAGUGCGGAAAGAGAUUCUCGCAGAAAUCAAACCUGAACACUCAUUUGAGGAUUCACACUGGAGAAAAACCCUUCGCAUGUCAUCACUGCGGAAAGAGCUUCACAUGCAAAGGAAACCUUAAUAUGCAUGUGCGAAUUCACACCAGAGAGAAGCGGUUCACAUGCCCUCAGUGUGGACUGAGUUUCACUGAGAAAAAAGUCCUUAAGAAUCACAUACGAAUUCACACUGGAGAGAAACCCUUCACGUGUCUUCAGUGCGGAAAAAGCUUCACUCGGUCAGGAUCCCUGAAAGUACACGAGCGACUGCACACCGCAGCGAAGCCGUAUCACUGCGCUUCAUAUUUGAUGAAGGUGAAAGAAGAAAACGAAAAACUGAAGGACUUUGACGAGAAGCACCACGACUAUCAGAAUUCCUCUGAUUUCAAUUCUGAAGAAAAACCUUUUAGUUGCUCACAGAGCGAUGAGCAUUUCAUCACCUGCCCUGAAUGUGGAAGGAGUUUUACUCAAAAACAACAUCUGACCAGACACAUGAGAGCUCACACUGCAGAGAAGCCGCUCACAUGUGUGGAGUGUGGAAAGAGAUUCACACACCACGAAAGGCUAAAUACGCACAUGAGAAUCCACACCGGAGAGAAGCCGUUCACGUGUCCUCAGUGCGGAAAGAGAUUCACGCAGAAAUCAAACCUGAACACUCAUUUGAGGAUUCACACUGGAGAAAAACCCUUCGCAUGUCAUCACUGCGGAAAGAGCUUCACAUGCAAACGAAACCUUAAUAUGCAUGUGCGAAUUCACACCAGAGAGAAGCGGUUCACAUGCCCUCAGUGUGGACUGAGUUUCAACGAGAAAAAAGUCCUUAAGAAUCACAUACGCAUUCACACUGGAGAGAAACCCUUCACGUGUCUUCAGUGCGGAAAGAGUUUCACGCGGAAAUGCAACCUGAUGAUUCACAUGAAGAUUCACACUCGAGAAAAACCCUACAAGUGCUCACACUGUGGAAAGAGCUUCACUCGGUCAGGAUCCCUGAAAAGACACGAGCGACUGCACACCGCAGCGAAGCCGUAUCACUGCGCUUCGUGUAGGAGGAGAUUCAGUUCAUCAAGAAAUCUACAGAUUCAUAGAAAAACAUGCUGCUCACUGGCCAAAGAAAUGGACACAAGGUAAAUGGUACAAAAGCCAAAAGUGGAGUUUUUCCCAAAGGACAUAUUGAGGGGCAGUAACAAAGGAAACUGAGUGUUAAUCAAUAAAUAAAAAAGUAUGAUGUUAAGACAAUAAAAAUGUAAUAUAUAGUUCAGUCAUGAAACUCUCUAGAUGGCGCAGCCGAUGGGUUGUUAAUGUAACCGAUGAUAUUUAGAAGGUUAAACGACUUGGCACAAGCUGAUUGGUUCAUGCUGCAUAUGCAGCCAAU